AUGCCACUAACUGCCAAAGUUCACAGGAACGUGUAUGAUAGAAUUCAUUUUAAGAAAGAGUAUAAAGCGGUUGCGUCUUGUCACAAUCCAGUAAAUAAUUUAAAAGGAGUUUUCGAAUCAGAAACUAAAAGACAAUACAAGGUACCAUUCGCAAUAUCAUCUCUCGCAUCUUGGGAUCAUGGCGAAAACUUCUAUCUGGCACCGUUUCCUCCAAACCCAUACCAGACGAAUAUCGCUCCAUUCAUGUAUUGUAGCGAUUACUGUCAUAUUGCUCAGGGCACUAAUCCGUGUACCGUUAUAGACCAGCUCGGUCACGACAUGACACCUCACAAGCCUUGUAAGCAAAGGUACGUGGUGUCUAGUGAUUGGUAA